AUGAAUGAUGUAGAGGCAUCCGCCGGUUCUCGCACAUCAGAUGACGAAGUUACAGACCCCUUCCUGGUCGACUGGGAUGGGCCUAAAGAUCCAAACUCGCCUAUGAACUGGCCUAAUAAGAAAAAAGCUCGACAGCUAGUUGCAAUGGGGUUCAAUAGGUUUCUAUCACCGCUAUCUUCCUCUAUGUUUGCACCAGGCGAAGCAGAUGUCCUCGCCGAGUUUAAUACAUCAAACACCAUGAUGGGUUCAUUCGUCGUCUCCAUUUUCUUACUCGGAUACAGUGUGGGACCUCUUCUCAUUGCCCCUUUCGCCGAAAUUUAUGGUCGAGUACCAGCUUACCAUAUCUGCAAUUCUUUUUUCCUGAUAUUCAUAAUUGCCUGUACAGUUUCGCAGACACUGCCUCAGCUCUUGGUAUUCCGCUUAUUGGCCGGCGUAGCUGGCAGCUGUCCAAUGGCUCUCGGCUCUGGAACAGCCGUAGACUUAAUCAGAAAAGAGAAACAGGCUGGUGUAAUGGCCAUCUGUGCUCUAGGUCCUAUCAUGGGUCCUAUAGUUAGCCCUUUGGCAGGAUCAUUUGUCUGCGCGAAUCUUGGUUGGCGCUGGGUAUUUUGGAUCCUCGCCAUUGCAGUAUGUUACUCCUCCCCGUCAGCCCAGAUUGAUGCUCAUAACCUUGGAAUUGCUCUACAGGCCGGCGUCGUGCUAGUUACAACAAUGAUUUGUUACCGAGAGACCUAUGCGCCCGUCCUUCUAGAGCGCAAAGCCCUUACCCUCCGCAAAGAGGCAGGCAACGAGCAAUAUCGCUCUAAGUUUGACCGCAACCUUCAUCGCAAACAGGUUUUCUACAUGGCCUGUGUUCGGCCAUUAAAGCUCCUCUUCCUAUCACCUAUCGUGCUCUGCAUGACUGUCUUUGGCGGAAUCUCGUACGGCUAUCUCUUACCUCAUGUUCACUACUAUAACCGCCAUUUUCGAGGAAAUUUACCAUUGGCCCAGCGAAAUGACCGGCCUCGCCUAUCUUGGCUUUGGUGUUGGUUGCGUAUCCGGCCUCAUAGUAACGGGCCAGGUAGCGAACAAGGUAGCCUUGAAGCAUUCUGCUCAAGGUCGUUUUUUUGCCUGAAUUAA